CGUCGUGCUCAAGCUCCCAGCAUUCCACUGACGGCCGAUGCAAUGAAGUCUUUGGCAAGGGUAGGCCGCUCCAUAUUCCUUCCGAUGGAGGUCGGGCGGCCUCGCCUGCUGGCCUGUGCUCGCUGCCAGCAUGGACGGACAACAGUCGCACGAGUGCAGAAGCAAGGACCGAUGGUAUGCGAUAAUGGCAGGCAGUCGGCAGAUCGGGUGCGAGAGUCACCACCACUCGGCUCGGGCACAUGGCCACGUUACAUGCAUCCAUGUGCAGCAUAUAUUACUGUAAAAACUCGACAAGGAGGUUGGAGAAAUUCUAACAUCUCCAUAAAAGAAGCAUCUGGGCGGUCACUGUGCUGCUUUUAAUCUGGGUUCCAUUUUCAAAACGGUUCGAACAGGUACGUAAGUAAGUGGAAGUCUUGCACUCUCUUUAACGGAAACAGUCGGUUGCUGUAAGUUCUCGAAAGAAACAUCAGAUUCCAUUACGAUCAGCUCUCCACUUGAGGGAAAUGUCGCUCAAACUACAGCAGGCACGUACCGUACUUGAAUCGACAUUGCAUGUGAAGUAAUGAGGCUUGCGUAUGCAUUCUGCUAUAUGUAGGAGUUACAGCAUACGAGGACAAGCCCUUUGUUUCACAUGUUUGUACAGGCUAAAUUAAAUCUCGACGCCGAUAAUGCGAUCUAAGUUAGGGAUGGACAAAAUUGUAUUAUAAGAUCCGAUCGAAUUUCCAGGGAUCACGGGACAGCAGUGAACAGAAGACUUAGAUCAAGUUGAGCUGUAAGUCACUCACUGACUCGAGAAAGUCUAACGGCUUACACGAAGAUGUGAUGCAAGUCCUAUUGAGAAAUCCGGUUUCCCCAAAAGUUUCCGAAGGACACAAAAGAUACGAACGAAUGUCACCUACUCUCAAUUCUUGUAAGGGUAUGAAAGCAACAAAGUUUACUCAAAUGUUUACUUAGAAGAUGCUACGUAAUGUAACUUAUGAGCAUUCUGCUGUAUAAUAUGACUGCUUGUUUUACGUUAUAAACAGGCUUACUGCAACAGUGGUCAUGCUUCAGUGUUCAAUCAGUAUCAAACGAUCAUGUUGAAGUUUUCCACGCAGAUGUACAUUAUAUAUAUACAAAUUAUCUUGUUGUCAGCAGGUAUGUUCUAAAGUUUUACGUGUCGGUUUUUAGACGCUUGACAUCGUGCGCGGCAAUCAUGCUUAAAGCAGAUUUGAUGAUCAACUUCACAACUCUCAAACUUAGUAAAUUCAGAGUC